UUUCUCUCCCAAUCCCUGCGCCCCAUGCGACCAUCCCUCUUCCGAUCCCUCAAACUCAGAGAAGGGUAGAGAUAGAGGGGCAAAAGAGUAAUUUUAACAACACCGAGAUCCUCCUCCUUCCGAUCAAACCCUAGGGUUUUAAAAGAUUCAAAGAAAAAAAAAUCCAAAAACCCUAAGGCCGCCUCUUCAAAUUUUCGUAUCUCUCUUCCAGAUCAGAACCCCAGGUUUUCGAUUUCCCCUCUUUUUAAAUUCUCUCCCCGUGUCUAUCGUUUUCCAAAAGCUAGGGUUUGGGUGCGAUGUCUGCGGGGAUCUGCGGGAAGCGUCUAGGGUUCGAAGAAAUCUUUGGAUCUUCGGCGCCAACGCCGUCGUCGAAGAGAUCCCGCUGUUCAGGUUACGGAUCUCCGAUCCGAUCGUCCGAUUUCGCGUUCGGAUCCGAGGACAAAGUUUCGAUCCUCCUCCGUAUGUUCCCGGCCAUGGAUCGGGAGUUGGUGGAAACAGUUCUAAAUACUCAUGGCCACAGAAUUGAGGAUGCCAUUGAGAGUCUCAAUACACUUUGCCUUGGUGAUGUCUCUGCAAAAAAUGAAUCUUUGGGCCAUGAUUCUAUGGUCAUUGCAAACAGCAAUGCAGUUCAAGGUGAUGAUAAUACUCAAACAUCUGCGCAGAAGGUUGAAGAGACACACAAUGACAAUUCACAUGUCAAAUUUGGCGUCCCAGAAAAUGGGUCAGCUUGGGUGGAUAUUUUUGUCCAAGAGAUGAUGAAUUCAUCAUCUAUUGAUGAUGCACGUGUUCGUGCGAUGAGAAUGUUGGAGGCUUUUGAAAGAAGUGUAAUCGGUAACUCCAGGCAAUCAGAGGAGCAUGAAAUCGCUUCACUGAAAGAGCAACGGCAGAUCUUGCUAAGGGACAACCAGAUCCUGAAAAGGGCUGUUGCCAUUCAACACGAGAGGAAUUUGGAACAGGAGGAGAAAGUGAAGGAAGUGCAACAGCUGAAACAUGUGAUCAGCCAGUACCAAGAACAAGUCCGGACUUUGGAGCUUAACAACUAUACAUUGAAGCUCCACCUACAGAGAGCACAGGAUUCAAGCUCCAUCCCGGGUCAUUUCCAUCCUGAUAUAUUCUAAGGUAUAAAGCUUCUCCCCUACAUCGGUGUUGCAGAGAUGCAUGUAUUCAGCCAACACAGUAAGGAACGGACCACUGUGAUUUGUGUCCUGCCUCUUAACUUACCAAUUGCUUCAUGGUCGUGUUCUACUAUAAACCCUGCUGCUGCCAUCUUGCGAUCCAGUGGUCUUAGAUUUGAGUUACACCGGCAGGCUGCACCUUAAGCAGAGGAAAGAAUUGGCAAGUCCUAUAUAAGUGAAGCUCUCCGUAAAGCAGUAUUUUUUUUUUUUCUUUUUUUACCGUACUUUGAUUUCAUGUUUGCUGUUUUCAGGUAUGAUAGCAUGUUGUUUCUGAUAUUGAGUUUCAUAUACUGUUAUUGAAAAGGUGUUUUUGAUUGUCCAGUGAGAGUCGGGGCAAGUGCUUUGUUGUUUGUAUUGGCUGUUGCAAUAGUUUGACUUACAGAGAAGAUUGACCAAGCCAAAAGGAGCUUUUCUAAUCUCUUCUAAUUAGCUAUAUUUUGUUC